GUGCCAUGGUGUCGCUGCGGUGGCUUUCUGAAAACAACAUGGCGAUUUGGUUGAGGUUUUUCGGUGAUUUGCGAUAUAUUUUCAGGUUGUAAUUCGUUCUCGUAUUGAGUUUUACUUCAUCACCAUGCCUUUUGGACUGAAGCCAGUUUGCGCUACCUGUAAAGCGAGUGUAUCGUCUAUGUGGCGUAAAAAUGAAAGCGGUGAAGUCGUUUGUAACACCUGCGCAGUGCGAGUGUCUGCAAGUACCGAGUCUGAGCCGGCUUCACAAAAGGACAACAACGGCAGUUCCUGUCCCUUUACUCUGCGAAAAAGUACACGGGCGAAGAGCUCGAAGUUAAAGCACCAACAGCAGCAGAUGAAAGCGGCAGCCCCCAAGGGAAAGGGACGCAGGGUGAUUUUUAAGAGAGGGCCUUUGAAAGCACCGACUGCAGUGGCAACAUGUGUCACGAGCGAUUUUGUGUUUUUCAGAGAUACAUACUACCAGGUCGGUGACGUUGUCUCCAUGAUGGACGAACACGAGGACGUCUACUACGGCCAGAUUCGGGGGCUCCUGCAGGACCAGUACUGCGAAAAGAGUGCCGUCAUCACGUGGCUCAUCCCAACCAAGGGCAGUCCCAAGACACACUUCGAUCCCUCCACCUACAUUUUAGGUCCAGAAGAGGAAGUCCCUCGUAAGCUGGAGUGCAUGAGCUUUGUGUGCCAUGCCCCUUCCGAGUACUUUAAGGCAAAGAACAUGCCUUAUCGAAUGAAGCCCAGUGGGCCAGAAAGCUGCUUCAUAUGGACCAGGCUCGGUCCACAGGUACGACCAUUGCCAACGCAGGAGCAAGUGUUUGGUCCUGCAUAGGAUGUGACGGGUCCUUCCUGGGAGUAUCGUUCCGGACUAUAUCGACUGCAACUUGUUUGACCCGUCGUGGCUUUAGAGAGGAAGUUCUUCGCGUCAUUUUGCUGAAAUCUAAGACGGACGUUUUUUUUUUAUGAACGAAAACACCUUUCUUGGCGUUCUAGCUAGCCACAGUGAUUACUGCGCAUCUUUAUUGCUCAGGGGAAACACUCAUUAGUGUGUGGACAUUGUUUUUGUCCAUCUGUUGUACAAGCAGUUCCUUCUUUUGUGAAGGUCGUUGGGAUAUCACACGCAGCCUGCUUUUCUCUAAGCAGAAAAAAGAUUGCCAGGACUAAGUUAACACCUUUCUUUUGUAUGGCGAAUACACUCAUAAGUAUUAUGUCACAGGGAAAUAAAUGUACAUAUGUAUAUAAAUGCAUUGUGCCAAACUCA